AUGAGUGCGAAGAAACGACACGUCUCUUCAUCUGCAUCAAGUCCGACCAAAAAGGAUGUCGAUGAUGCUUCGUUGAAAUACUUGAAGAAAGGUCCAAAAUAUGAGUUCCUGGCUGAAAAAUGGCUUAUGAGACCUGCUCCUGAUAGCCCAGCGCAGUAUCGCUUCUGGAUGUACUUGGUUACUGCGGUUGCGUUCGUAGCAAGGUUCUACUUGAUCUGGUAUCCUAAAGAAGUUGUGUUCGAUGAGGUCCAUUUCGGUAAAUUUGCUUCUUAUUACCUCGAGAGGAGCUUUUUCUUCGACGUUCAUCCGCCUUUUGCAAAGAUGGCGAUUGCUUUCAUCGGCUGGCUGUGUGGCUACGACGGGGACUUCAAGUUUGAUGACAUUGGCGACAGCUAUGUGCACAAUCCGGCACCUUACCUGGCCUACCGGUCGUUCAAUGCUGCGAUCGGCGUCUUGACAAUUCCCGUGAUGUUCAACACCUUGAAGGAGCUGAAUUUCAAGGCUGUUACGUGCGCCUUUGGAGCACUGCUGGUUGCCAUUGACAACGCUCAUGUCACGGAGACGCGGUUGAUCCUGCUAGAUGCUAUACUGAUAUUUACUGUUGCCUUGGCCAUCUACUGUUAUGUGCGUUUCUACAAGUGCCAAUUGCGUGCUCCUUUCUCGUGGAGCUGGUAUGGGUGGUUGUAUGCGACUGGGAUGUCCCUGUCGUUUGUCAUUUCCACAAAAUACGUCGGUGUCUUGACAUAUGCCACUAUCGGAUCCAUGGUUGCCAUUAAUCUGUGGCAGUUGACCGAUAUUCGGGCUGGCUUGACCAUAAGAACACUCUUCUCUCACAUCAUCAAGCGCUUGAAUGGUCUCGUCUUUGCGCCCUUUAUCGUCUACCUAUUUUGGUUUUGGAUCCAUUUUGCCGUUCUAAGCAAGUCUGGCACAGGUGACAACUUCAUGUCGGGAGAAUUCCAAGAAACUUUGGGCGAUUCGCCUUUGGCUAAAGAAUCCAAACAAGUUAAUUACUUCGAUAUCGUCACACUAAGACACAAGGAAACGCAUGCCCUCUUGCACUCUCAUUUGGCUAGAUAUCCUCAGCGCUAUGAGGAUGGCCGUAUCUCGUCUCAAGGCCAGCAAGUUACUGGAUAUUCAGCACCAGAUCCUAAUAACGAGUGGGAAAUCUUGCCUGUUAAAGAGCUACCGUUAAGAUCCGGUCAACCAGUGUACUUGAAUGAGGCAUUCAGACUGAGACACGUUGCUACCAACUCAUACUUGUUGACGCACGAUGUGGCUUCGCCAUAUUAUCCCACCAACGAAGAAGUAACCACCGUACCUGAAGAGCAGGCUAAUGGGGAAUCUUACCAACAGACUCUAUUUAUGUUCCAGUCUUUGCAGAAAAAAGAUACCAAGUCCAUUGUCAAAACGAAGGGAACUUUGUUCCGUAUCUUCCACGUUGACACUGCAGUUGCACUAUGGACCCAUAACGAUGUAUUUUUACCAGAGUGGGGUUUUUCUCAGCAGGAAGUAAAUGGUAAUAAAAAGGUUACUGAAAACUCGAACAAUUGGUUUGUCGACACCAUCGUAAACAUCGAUGAAGAGAGAAAGGCGUACGUCCCCAAAGAAAUCAAGAAGCUGCCAUUCCUAACUAAGUGGUCCGAACUCCAAAGGUUAAUGUUCGAACAUAACAACAAACUAUCGUCGGAGCAUCCAUUUGCAUCUCAGCCAUACUCGUGGCCUGGAAGCUUAAGCGGUGUCUCUUUCUGGACCAAAGAUUCUGAAAGAAAGCAGAUUUACUUUAUUGGGAACAUCAUUGGUUGGUGGUUACAAGUUGUUUCCAUUGGACUUUACCUUGGAAUCAUCAUUAGUGAUCUAAUUACUAGGAAGCGUGCUUACUAUGCUCUAGGCAAAAUUACUAGAGAGAAAUUAUAUGGUCCUUUGAUGUACUUUUUCAUCGGAUGGGCAUGGCACUAUUUCCCAUUUUAUUUGAUGGGCCGUCAGAAGUUUUUGCAUCAUUACCUGCCAGCCCACUUAAUCGCAUCGCUCUUUACUGCAGCAUUAUGGGAAGUAAUUCUCAGUAAUUGCAAAUCUUUGAACCCAGAAAAGGAUGAGGAAUUAGCUGGAGAGCAGUAUGAGUUUGUGCCACAAAUUUACACGAAGCUCUUGUGGUUAACUUUUGGAAUUAUGUCAGCAGCAGUCGUCGGCUUCUUCCUAUACUUCUCACCGUUCGUCUACGGUAACGUUAGCCUCACUCCCGAACAGGUCCUGAGAAGGAAAUGGUUUAACAUGGAGCUAAGCUUUGCCAAGUAG